GAAGUUCCGGGAUGAGUUCCUGGUGCCAACGGGUUCAAUCUGGUGUGCAGAUUGAAACCGGAGAGAUGGCUGCGACCCACCCAGCGCUGUGCCUCUUCGAUGUGGAUGGGACCCUGACGGCCCCGCGGCAGGCAGGUGUCGAACUCACAGCAAUCUCCUGCCUCAGCCUCUAAAGUGCAGGGAUUACAGGCGUGCACCACCACUCCCAGCACCAUUGGUGUUUUUGAGGAUCUAAUGAAAUCAUAAAAUUACCAAAGAAAUGGAUGACUUUCUACAAAAAUUGAAGCAGAAGACCAACAUCGGAGUGGUAGGCGGGUCGGACUUUGAGAAAGUUCAGGAGCAGCUGGGAAAUGAUGUGGUAGAGAAAUAUAACUAUGUGUUUCCAGAAAAUGGCUUGGUAGCCUACAAAGAUGGGAAACUCUUAUGUAAACAGAAUAUUCAAGGUCACCUGGGUGAGGUCCUAAUUCAAGAUUUAAUCAACUACUGUCUAAGCUACAUUGCAAAAAUUAAACUCCCAAAGAAAAGGGGUACUUUCAUUGAAUUCCGAAAUGGGAUGCUCAAUGUGUCCCCUAUUGGAAGAAGCUGCAGCCAAGAGGAACGCAUUGAAUUCUACGAACUCGAUAAAAAAGAAAACAUAAGACAAAAAUUUGUAGCGGACCUGAAGAAAGAGUUUGCAGGAAAAGGCCUCACAUUUUCCAUAGGAGGCCAGAUCAGCUUCGAUGUCUUUCCUGAUGGAUGGGACAAGAGAUACUGCCUGAGACAUGUGGAAAAUGAUGGCUACAAGACCAUUUACUUCUUUGGAGAUAAAACAAUGCCAGGCGGCAAUGACUAUGAGAUCUUCACAGACCCUCGAACUGUGGGCUACACUGUGACAGCACCCGAGGACACACGCAGGAUUUGUGAGGAGCUCUUCUCUUAAUACAGCAGAGGUGGUGGCGUGACCAACAGGCCUGUAAGGUCACUGGGGGCAGCGCCAUAUGUGCAUACCACAUGCACCACCACCCCGCAACCCGGCUGUGCACUGUCCAGUCAUGCACAGCUGUCCAGAUGGCAGCCUCUGGACAGGAAAUCACCCCACAUCCUCAGCAGCUCUUCCCUCCACCUCCAUUGCCAAAGCAGCGAGGACAGGGGAGAAGAGACUUGUCAAGCGUGCUCUGGGCUAGAGAAGUAACUCUUGUUUCUGGUGCAGGAGGCCAUAGGUUCUCAAAAAAAAAAAAAAAAAAAAUCAGGGAACAGCCAUGGUAGUGCUUGCCUAUAAUCCCAGCAUUCAGGAAGCUGAGGCACAAGGAUCAGUGUCUGAGGCACCCACCUCCACUACAAAGUGAGUUCAAGGCCAGCCUGAACUGUAUAGUGAAACUCUGUCUCAAAAAAGAAAACCUCUGUGGGAAUAACAACAAAAGACUUUGUCCUCUAGCCCCAGUGUGAGAUCUGCCUAAUGUCUACAUUCAGAUUAAAUGCUGCUUUUUUGAAACUGCCCAGUUAUUCCAGAAUGAUAAAGAACAAAUAUCCCGGGCCUCCAUCUGUGGAUCUUAUGAAAAUUUAAGAGCUGUCAAAUGUCCAGAUCUCUGCGUUGUCAACACCAAAAAGGAAUGUGAGGUUGAGAAAGACGACCUGCCAUCCGUGUGAUCAUCCCUAGGUAAAAGUCGCUCUCCCACGCCCACCCUGAGACUGAACGGAGGCUGGGGUCCUGAGCGUGUGACAUUAGGCCACGUGACCGGUGCACCGUUUUCCAGCUGCUUCCUGUUAGUGAGCCACAGCCCUCAGCAUGGCCCGACAGACAGGAGGCCAAGGGACAGCUGACCCCAGGGAGCUGGCACCAUGGCUGUCCUAGAGUAUACUGCGGCUCUGUAGUUGUAGUGAACAGCUUGGUUCCUUUCCUGGAGAACAGGCGACCCAUCAGCCCUUUCUUUCCCUACAGGCGGGAUGCUGCCUGGGUUCACAGCAGCUCAAUCCAGGGAGGUUAGGUACCCCAGGAGCACCCCACCAGGAUGGGACUUGGCUCCUCAGGAACGGUUACAGGUGCAGCACCUGCACGGAGGUGUCUGUCCACUUCUGCCCAGGCCCUUGUCCACACCUUGACUUGAGGGGUGGGAGCUACCUCUGCCCUCUUCAGCAACCUGGCUGGAAGAUUCCCAAGUAUGGUUCCAGAGCCACUUUGCAGUAACUGGAAACACUGGGACCUACCACGUCUCUGGACAGGCUGGUGCUGUGCCCGAGAACCACCUGGUACUGCCAUAGAUAAGCCUGCCUCCAGGCCCUGCCACUCGGCUGCUGCAGCUCAGCAUCAGAGAGGUGAAUGCCUGCAGUAACCCACAUCUGCCACCUCAGCCCCUCUCCCCCGUACGGUGGGUUUUUCAGUGGUCUGUGGCCUAUAGCCUAGUUGACUUUUGCAAAUGGCACUUUCACAGAUGAAGUGCAGCACAAUAAAGCAACUUCACUGUU